UCUUUACAAUCCGUUCCGUAUAUACUCCUGCUCAUCCCUCUUCACUAUGUCGCUAUACUCAAUCUUACGAGCCCUGUCGUGAUCUUCCGCCGCGUCAUAUCCUCCGAUGCAUUUCUUUCCUUAGUCUGAUCUUUGGUAGCGUCUCCACCGUCUGAUCGUUACUGCUUUGUGUUUGUUCGCCCCAUUCAACGGCGCCGAAACCUCGACAUCUUUUCUAUUUCAAUCUGCAUCUGGCAUCGUCAUCUCAUUGUCGUCGCUUCGCUCAUUUCUAUCUCGUCUCUCUUUGGACCGUUCAUUAAUCUGCUGUGCGAGCAGAUCCGGCCGACUCCUCCCAAGCAAUGUUCACUGGCUACAACACCAAAAAGCGAGUGAACGAGCGAUACAAGAUCAUAGGCUUCAUCAGCAGCGGCACCUAUGGCCGUGUCUACAAGGCUGAAGGCCGAAAUGGCCAUGUUGGAGAGUUUGCCAUCAAGAAAUUCAAGCCGGACAAGGAAGGGGAACUGCAAUACUCCGGCAUUUCUCAGUCGGCCAUCAGGGAGAUGGCCCUCUGUACAGAGCUCUCACAUCCUAAUGUCGUGCAUACGUGCGAGAUAAUCCUGGAGGACAAAUGCAUCUUCAUCGUGUUCGAAUAUGCAGAACAUGAUCUCCUCCAGAUCAUCCAUCAUCAUAACCAGCCACAACGGCAGGCAAUUCCAGCAAAAACAAUCAAGUCGAUUCUGCACCAACUGCUCCAGGGCCUCGUCUACUUACAUAAGAAUUGGGUCAUGCAUCGAGACUUGAAACCUGCCAACAUCAUGGUGACUAGUGCAGGUAAAGUCAAAAUCGGCGAUCUUGGCCUGGCAAGGCUGUUUUAUAAGCCAUUGCAGUCCUUGUUCUCGGGCGAUAAAGUCGUAGUAACGAUCUGGUAUCGUGCCCCCGAGCUGCUACUUGGUAGUCGCCAUUACACGCCUGCUGUCGAUUUGUGGGCUGUCGGUUGCAUCUUUGCGGAACUGCUAUCAUUACGACCCAUCUUCAAGGGAGAAGAGGCCAAGAUGGACAAUAAGAAGACGGUUCCAUUCCAGCGGAACCAGAUGCAGAAAAUCGUGGAGAUUAUGGGAAUGCCAAAUCGGGACCGAUGGCCGCUGCUGGUGGCCAUGCCCGAGUAUCAGCAAUUGAAUACAUUGGCGGCAGGCAAUUCGAGAUUCAAUCGUCCUCAAGGGUUGGAGAAUUGGUAUCAGUCAUGCCUCAAGAAUAAUCAGUACCCCCAAGGCGCGUCGCCCGACUCUCCCGGACCCGAAGGAUUCUCACUUCUCCAACGACUGCUCGAGUAUGACCCGCAGAAGCGAUUAACUGCCGAGAAGGCCCUGCAGCAUCCCUACUUCACUGCUCAAGGAAAGCCAUCGGAGAAUUGCUUCGAAGACUCCAAAGUAAAGUAUCCGGUCCGAAGGGUUAGCCAAGAGGAUAACGACAUCCGGACGUCAAGCCUUCCAGGUACGAAGAGGAGUGGACUGCCGGAUGACACACUUUUACGACCGGCGAAACGACUCAAGGAGGGAUGAGGGCAACAACAAUACACUAUCAAGGAGGAGCGAAAAGCGUUUGCUUCCACGUCAUUUCCCUAUUCCUAUUGCAAAAUCGCCAGGCUGCGAGUUGAGAAAGGCCGAUAUCGAUCGGAUUAGAUUGGGACCCGGGC